GACUUAUAUCCGAGACACCUCCCCCAAAAGCCAGUCUUCAUUCGAAACGUCAAGGGGAAAGUGAACAUUCUCAUAGAAUGAAUGGUAGUUCCCCGAAGUAAGCGAAUGACAGGAUUUUUACCACUGCUCUUAUUGGCGCUGGCAGUUGAGUUUUCAGCUGUUGGCGCCCAAUUUGACUGCCCCUUUGAAACCGACUUCUGCCAAUGGACCCAAGCUCAAGGAACGGACAAAUUUGACUGGAAGCUGAUAGCUGGAAGUACCCUAACAGCAGGGACUGGCCCAAGCGGUGACCACACCACUGGCAAGGGACACUACGCCUACUUUGAAUCUUCCGUUGGUGCAAAUGGAGACAAGGCACAAUUGAUCAGUCCGACGUUGACGAUCGCCAGUGGUCACUCAAAAUGUCUGGUCUUCUACUACAACAUGUACGGGGAGCACGUCAACGCCCUCAACGUGUACGAGAAGACCAACACGGCCAAAAUGAAUAUCGUCUGGACGCGCCAUGGCAACCAGGGAGCCAACUGGACGGAGGCAAGAAUCAACCUACCAGUGGCUACAAACUUUCAGGUUGUAAUCGAAGCUGUUCGAGGACGGGGAUGGAAAGGAGACAUCUCCAUAGACGACACUAAGACUGUCAACGGCCCCUGCCCUCCGCUAGGAACCAUUUUACCAUCGGUACCCCCUGGGGCCAGGACUACUCCGAUGCCGGUGUCAACGUCGUGCAACUUCGAGACGAAAGCUGUUUGUGGCUACACUCAGGACAAGAGUGAUAACUUUGACUGGAGAUGGUCCACUGGUUCAACAGCAUCCGCCAUGACCGGUCCUAACAAUGACCACACUUACGGUACACCAGCAGGCCACUACAUGUACAUGGAGUCCUCUGAUGCCCGACCAAAUGCAAAGGCAAGGAUAAUCUCUCCAAGACUCCCAGGAAGUGGAACACGAUGCCUUCAGUUCUGGUACAGCAUGUUUGGUCAGCAGGUGAACACGCUAAACGUCUACGCCAAGUCCCGAAGUCUAGGCAAUGUAUUGUGGACACUGUCCGGGAACCAGGGGAUGGACUGGAAGAUAGCACAAGUGACCAUACCAGGGGGAUCAAACUACAACAUCGUGUUUGAAGCCAGUCGAGGCACAGGUGUCCAUGGGGACAUCGCCAUUGAUGACAUCCUUCUGAAACAAGGCUCAUGUCCACUGCCGGCGACUUGCGACUUCGAGCACGGCACCUGCACCUGGCUGAACACCCAGAGGAAUGAUGACUUCGACUGGAUCAUCCACCAGGGCAGCACUUCCACGGCCAACACGGGACCACCCAGCGACCACACAUCCAGACGAUCGACAGGUCACUACAUGUACAUUGAGUCAAGUGCCCCACAGAAACAUGGAGACAGAGCCCGCUUUGUCAGUGAAACACUCCCAAAGAGUUCCCAGAGGAAAUGCUUCCAGUUCUGGUACAACAUGAAGGGCAGCGACAUCGGCACCCUACGCGUCUACGUCGUCACGGGGCAGACCGAGACGGUCGCGUGGCAGCUUAGCGGGACACAACCGUCAACAUGGGGGUUCGCUAGAGUGCCUGUCUACUCCCCACACAACAACUUUAAUAUCAUUAUUGAAGGCAUUAUUGGAACUGGUCCUAGUGGAGAUAUUGCAAUCGAUGAUCUGGCGCUCAGAACAUACACAUGCGGAGUGACGCCAACAAAAGCUAAGCCUCUGUCAGCAACAACUACAGCCACCACCACAUUGAAGCCGACAUCAACUACUCCGAGGAAGUCCACUGCCUAUGUUCCAUCAUCGUCUAAGCCUGUCACCUGCAGUUUUGACAACGAUAUGUGCAGCUGGAUUCAAAUGAAGAACGACAACUUCGACUGGACGCGACAUCAGGGAUCAACAUCGUCCAUCGGGACUGGGCCCCCGAGUGAUCACACAACAGGCAAGGGGUACUACCUCUACACAGAGGUGAGUGGAAAGACGGCCAACAAGACUGCCAGAAUUCAAAGCAAGACCAUCACCCCUCGCAUGGUGACCCAGUGUCUGUCUUUCUGGUACCACAUGCACGGCGACCACAUCGGCACACUCAACGCUUACAUCAAGUCCACCCCCACCAUCGGUAGCCCGGUGUGGACCAAGACAGGAGCCCAGGGAUUGAACUGGAACCAAGCACAGAUCACCGUAUCCAGAGGGCACACGCCAUAUUCAGUUGUCAUUGAAUCUGUGACUGCUAACGGGUAUAGGGGAGACAUUGCCAUUGAUGACGUGGGAUUGGCAGAUGGAGCAUGUACAGGAGCAACUGGACCGACUGUCCACACCACUGUCCACCCAGGUCAGGUCGUCAGGAAAUGUGACUUUGAAGAUAAGGCAAUCUGUGGCUACACCCAGGACAAAACGGACACCUUUGACUGGACGUGGACGGCACAUACAACGACCAGCUACGGCACAGGACCUAGCAAUGACCACACAUAUGGAACAACAAGUGGGCAUUAUCUGUUCACUGAAGCAUCUUCCCGUAGACAGGGAGACAAAGCACGCAUCUUGACGCCAGUCUAUCAUGACACCCAGGCAAUGUGCGCCCAGUUCUACUACCAUAUGUACGGGGCUACGAUGGGAACUUUUAACGUCUAUGCUGAGGUCGGAAAUAGCACAGGUCGACCAUUAUUUUCACGUAAGGGUAACCAGGGCAACAAAUGGAUAGUUGGUCAGGCAACAAUCCCAACAUCCACUGCAACUUCCGCUUUAGGAUACCGGAUGAUGUUUGAAGGCGUCCGAGGCGCAAGCUACAGAUCAGAUAUAGCACUGGACGAUGUCAGUUUCACUGUGGGUGCAUGUUCAAAUCCUGGCGACUGCACAUUCGAAUCUGGUCUGUGCACUUGGAAGAACACUGCCAUUGGAGAUCAAUUUGACUGGACUGAGGACUACGGUGGGACGUCAAGUACCUCUACUGGACCUUCAGUUGACCACACCCUCGGCACGUCAAGAGGCAAGUACCUCUACAUUGAAACCUCGGCCCCACGACUGACUGGAGACAAGGCGUGGUUGGUCAGUGAAAGCUUUUCCCCUGUGACGUCCAGCGGCAGGUGCAUCAACUUCUGGUACAGCAUGUACGGGGCGACAGUCGAUACUCUCAACGUCUACAUCAGAGUGCCAGGGCGAACAGACUACAUGAUCUGGCAUCAAUCUGGUAACCAUGGCAACGGCUGGUUCAAUGGUCAGGCACCAAUCACAGAGAAGACCAAGAGUUACACCAUCGUGUUUGAAGGGAUCCGUGGCAGGAGUUAUUCUGGAGACAUCGCACUUGACGAUAUCUCCUUCACGACGUCGAACUGUGGAAUACUUCCGACGAAUGCCACUGCUGCUCCACAGACUACGGCACGAGUAACGACACAGGCAGUGGGGAAAGGAGCGUUUCCCUGCGACUUUCAGAACGACUUUUGUGGCUGGGUUCAGAGUACUAGAGCGGACCAAUUUGACUGGACGAGGAACCACGGUGGCACGGGCUCGUAUGGUACUGGUCCCUCAUCUGACCAUACCUUUGCCAACUCCAACGGCUAUUACAUCUACAUUGAAACGUCAGGCUCAAGGAAAACUGGCGACAAGGCUCAGCUGUUCAGUCCCCAGGUCAAGGCAGGGCAGAGCUGUAUCACCUUCUGGUACAACAUGUACGGUGGCAACGUCGGGGCACUCAACGUCUACAUUCAAACAGGACCAGCCAUUCCCUCAAAUCCUACAUGGAAGAGGAGUGGCACUCAGGGCACCCACUGGAUGAAUGGGCAGAUUUCAGUCAACCUCAAGACCCCUUUUAAUGUGGUGAUAGAAGGCGUGAGAGGCAAUGGCUUUCAAGGAGAUAUCGCCAUAGAUGACGUUAACAUCGCCAAUGGCUCCUGUUCAGCAGGAACAACAGUGGGGCCCUCGUCAAAACCAACCGCUGACAAAUGCAACUUUGAGGCCAGUAACCUUUGUGGGUUCACUCAAGACCACUCUGACAAGUUCGACUGGACAAGGGCUGUGGGGUCAACCUCUUCCUCUGGCACUGGACCUGGCAGUGACCACACUUAUGGGACAAGAUUAGGUCACUACAUGUAUAUUGAGACAUCUGCUCCUAGACGACCCAAUGAUGUUGCACGACUGAAUUCCUUCAUAUUGACUGGACCCACCUCACCAACAUGCGUAACUUUCUGGUACCACAUGUAUGGAACUUCAAUCGGUACUCUGAAAGUCUAUGUCUUGAGAAAUGGUGCCAGGGGUUCUCCAGUUUGGCAUUUGUCAGGAAAUCAAGGUAACUCAUGGAACAUCGCGAAGGUCUCUCUCAAGACUGUGUCAAGCAAUACGCCUUACCAAAUUGUCUUUGAGGGCAUCGUGGGAAGAAGCUACCUGGGUGAUAUUGCGAUCGAUGAUUUCAGCGUGACAGCAGGCGCCUGUUCAACAAGUGUGAACUGCAAUUUCGAUAGUGGGCUGUGUUCGUGGCGAAAUGACAAGACCGACAAGUUUGACUGGACUCUCAACAAAGGCACGACGGGCAGUGGAGGCACUGGGCCAACAACUGACCACACCAGUGGACAUGGAAAAUAUGUCUUCAUCGAAGCCUCAGCCCCAAGGGUUUCCGGAGACAAUGCCAGACUCCUCAGUGCCAACAUCCCCGCCUCCAACACAACCUGUUUCCACUUCUACUUCCACAUGUACGGCACCACGGUUGGCACGCUGCGGUUGUACUCCCAGCAGUCAGGCUCGAACCCACUGCCAAUAUGGGAGUUGACAGGGGCCAAGGGAAAUACCUGGCAACAAGGGCAAAUUAAAAUACCACCCACCACAUCAGACUUUAAGAUCAUCGUGGAAGGUGUCCGAGGUGGCAGCUGGACAGGAGACAUUGGCUUAGAUGACGUCACUAUUGACAAUGCAGCUUCAUGCCAAAGGAUUCCCAAUGCAGCAAGACCAACCGUGACCCAGAAACCAACAACUCGAAUAACCACCACAGCCAGAUCAACGCCGAAAUCAACACCCAGCACCAAACCAACACCAAAACCUACAGGUGGCAAGAACUUUAACUGCAACUUUACCUACGACACGUGUGGUUGGACGCAGGACACGAGUGACAACUUCGACUGGGCGAGACAUAGCGGACGUACAACGUCCAGUUUGACCGGACCAUCGGGUGACCACACCACUGGAUCAAGCUUCUACAUGUACAUCGAGACGUCAAGGAAUGGUUACAAUUCUCUCGCUCGGCUUGUCAGUCCACCUCUCACCUUGACCAAUGGUCAGACAAUGUGCCUCACCUUCUGGUACAGCAUGUAUGGCCAAACUAUCAACAACCUAAAAGUCUACUACAAGCGAAGUGGCGCACUGGGGAAUGCCGUGUGGUCGAAGCACGGAACUCAGGGUCCUACAUGGAAGAAAGCUACUGUUGACAUCACGGGAGCGUCUCCACUUCAGGUGGUCUUUGAAGCCAGUCGUGGAACAUCCUACACAGGAGAUAUCGCCAUUGAUGAUAUCAGUGCAGUUGCUGGCUCCUGUUCGGGGUCUUCAGGGACGGCAACAGGAAGCAUCCCGUCCCUGCUGUCGUGUGACUUUGAACCCACAGACAGCUGCGGAUAUCAUCAAGACACUUCUGACGACUUCGGCUGGACCAAGACGACUGGGACAACGGGUUCGGUUGCCACAGGCCCCACUGCUGACCACACCUACGGGACACGUGCCGGGCACUAUUUCUACAUCGAGACGUCAGCACCCAGGAGACAGGGUCAGAAAGCUCGGCUCCUCUCCCCCACCACCCACACUGGGGGGACCAACUGUCUCACGUUCUACUACAGCAUGUACGGGUCGCAGAUCGGCCAGCUGAAUGUCUACACCAAAGUUAACUCCCUAGGGUCACCGAUCUGGACCCGGAAGUCCAACCAAGGCAACAACUGGAAUGUGGCUCAAGUUACGAUCAAACCACAGUUUGCUUUCCAGCUUGUGUUCGAAGGGGUUGUUGGAUCUGGUUACCAUGGCGAUAUUGCAAUUGAUGACGUCAAUGUCACAGCUGGAGCCUGUGUUUCUCCUGGUACGUGCAACUUUGACAAACACACAUUCUGCACAUACAAGAAUGUAAAGGACGCCACAGACGAUUUUGAUUGGUUGCUGCAACGUGGCCACACAUCCUCUGUCAACACAGGCCCCACCGUCGAUCAUAGCAUGGGCAACACGCAAGGAACAUAUGCCUACAUUGAAACAAGUGCCCCAAGGAAAGCAGGUCAGAAAGCUAGACUUUACAGUGAAACGUUUAAACCAACGGGAGCCAACACCACUUAUUGCUACUCGUUUUGGUACCACAUGCAUGGCGCAUCUGUCGGAACUCUGAAGGUCAACUACGUCACCAAUUCUACCUACCCUGGUACCACCUUGUGGCAGCUGUCUGGUAACCAAGCCAACGCAUGGUCAUUUGGGCAGUUCCCUGUUAAAUCGGUUACGGAAUUCCAUAUUAUGUUUGAAGCUACGGUCGGGAGCAGCUAUACUGGUGACAUCGCCAUAGAUCAACUUAACUUCCACCCAGGGGUAUGUGGCCUGACUCCUGGAAAAGCACGCCCCCUCGGGCAGACCACGCCGGCGUCAACCACCCCGAGGUCGACAUACCCACCUACAGCCACGUCAUUGUCUGGAACAAUUAACUGCAACUUCGAGAGCAACAUGUGUGGCUGGACACAGGCCCAUAAUGACCAGUUUGACUGGACUAGACAGAAAGGCACAACAACAUCAGGUGGUACCGGGCCGGGAAAUGACCAUACCACUAGAAAGGGGUAUUACAUCUUCAUCGAGACAUCCUACCCCCGACAUAAUGGGGACAAAGCUCGCGUUGUCAGCCCUGUCGUCAACUCCCAGGGCACCAAGUGCCUGCAGUUCUACUACCACAUGUACGGCCCCCACAUCAACGCCCUCAACGUCUACACACAAGCUGGCUCCAACUUGGGCACGGCGAUCUGGACCAAAACCGGUACCCAAGGCAAUAAGUGGAUACAGGGAUCCGUGGACAUAAAUAUAAAGGGACAGUAUAAUGUCGUGUUCGAGGGGGUUCGAGGGGUCAGCUAUCUUGGGGACAUUGCCCUUGAUGACAUCACAUUCAAAGACGGCUUUUGUGAGGGAAAUGGGACAACCCCCAAGCCUGGUACCCUAUCGAAUCCUAUCGGUAAAUGUGACUUUGAGACCCCAUCAAUCUGUGGCUACACCCAGGAUAAGACUGACAGCUUCGACUGGACCAGAGCCAGCCAGACAACAUCAUCAGUUGGAACUGGACCAACUAGUGACCACACCUACGGGACAUCAAGAGGGCACUACAUGUACAUUGAGACAUCAGCUCCACGUGUUCAAGGAGACAUAGCACGUCUCGUGUCUCCCACGUACCCAGCCUCCAAUACUGACCUGUGUUUCAACUUCUACUACCACAUGUACGGUAGCCACAUCGGUACCCUCAACAUCAUGCUGUUGGCAAACAAACAACUGACGACUGUGUGGACCCUGUCUGGUAACCAAGGAAUGAAAUGGUCACUCGGCUCAACUACCCUUUCAGCAAAUGACUUGUCACGUAGUAAUUACCAGAUCGCCUUUGAAGGCAUCCGAGGCGUCAGCUACUUAGGUGACAUCGCCAUUGAUGACAUCAGCAUCACAAGUGGCGCAUGCGCAUCCCCAGGAUCCUGCAGUUUUGAGAAGGGCUACUGUUCAUGGACGAACCUUCAAGGCCAGGAUGACUUUGACUGGACACUUAACUCUGGUCGCACGUCCAGUUUUAGCACGGGGCCAUCAUCUGACCACACUCUCGCCAACAGUGCCGGUAAAUAUGCAUUCAUUGAGACAUCAUCUCCAAGAAGAUCUGGAGAUAAAGCGUGGCUGUCAAGUUCAACAUUCACGCCAUCAUUAACACGUUGCAUCUCCUUCUGGUACCACAUGAGCGGAAGUCAGAUCGGCACACUCAACGUGUACGUCAUCGUCGGCAACGUCAACACAACAGUGUGGUCUCUCAGUGGCAGUCAGGGCGACAAAUGGCUCAAUGGCCAGGCACCCAUAGCAUCAACGACAUCUUACAGAGUGUACUUUGAAGGAAUAUGUGGUGGCGGAUAUCGUGGAGACAUUGCCAUAGAUGACAUCUCUAUAACCCAGACAACGUGCGGAGUUGUACCUGCUGCAGCUAAUGUAAAUGGAAAUGGUACCAUCGCCCCUCUGACGUUGACGACCGCCACUCCUACACAACCAGCGACGGGCCCCUUCUUCUGCAACUUUGAUACUGGGCUGUGUAGUUGGACUCAGAUGGCUACAGACACGUUUGAUUGGUCAAGAAACAAGGGACCUACGACAUCUGUAGGAACUGGACCCCAGAGUGACCACACCAGUGGACAUGGCUUCUAUCUGUUCAUUGAGACCUCGGCUCCACGAAAGCCCAAUGAUAAAGCUCGAAUCAUCAGCCCCUCAGUAGCGCCCGGAUCCGGCACACAAUGUCUCACCUUUUGGUACUACAUGUACGGCGAUCACGUCAACGCUCUGAACGUCUACGCCAAGACUACACCUGCACUGGGAAACCUCAUCUUCACAGUCAAAGGAACCAAGGGCCCCAAGUGGAUUCAAGCAAGAAUAGACAUUCCAUCUAAAGUCCACUUCCAGGUUGUGAUAGAGGGCGUGGUCGGUCCAAGCUACAGAGGCGACAUAGCUAUCGACGACGUUAACAUCAACGAUGGACAGUGCACCCAAGCAACACCCAGCCCAGGAACAACAACAGGUCUUGACUGUAACUUCGAGAGUGCCUGUACAUACACACAGGACAAGACAACUGACAAGUUCGACUGGACCAGAAACGCGGGAAGGACCAGCUCAUUCGGCACAGGUCCUUCCGGUGAUCACACAUACGGGACCUCUAGAGGUCAUUACAUGUACAUCGAGACCUCUGCUCCCCGAAUUCAGGGCGACAACGCCCGCCUUGUGUCUGGCCCCUACACCCCAUCUGGUGCAAACCAAUGUCUAGAAUUCUACUACCAUAUGUACGGAUCCUCCACUGGCAUGUUCCGUGUCUACUUCAAAUCCAACAACAAUCUGGGAAAUGCUGUGUUCACAAAGCAAGGUAGCCAAGGCAACCGAUGGAUUCGAGGUCAAGUGUCCAUUCAAGCAAACACAGCGACGUUCAACGCUGUGUUUGAGGCUGUCAGAGGCAGCUCCUACAACGGCGACAUCGCUCUUGACGACAUAUCUGUGAAAGCAGGGACCUGUGCACAGAAGCCAGGAAAUUGCGACUUUGAAAUCGACAAGUGUAGUUGGAGUAACAUGAAAACGGAUGACUUCGACUGGGUUGUCGGGAGUGGUACGACAACUAGCUCAUCAACUGGCCCGUCUAGCGACCACACAAAAGGCAAUAGUCAAGGAAAAUACCUGUUCAUUGAGACCUCUGCCCCAAGACGUCCAGGAGACAAGGCAUUCCUCCAGAGUGCCUCGUUCAUGCCCACCACGGGCCGAUGCAUGUCCUUCUACUAUCUUAUGUUCGGCGCGACAAUCGGGACACUCAACGUCCUCGUCCAACCACAGAACCAGAAUGCGACUGUGAUUUGGUCUCUCUCUCGACAACAGCUGGGUACAUGGCAACAGGGGGUUGUACCUAUACCUCAACAAGGAGGCAACUACCAGUUGCUGAUUGAAGGGAUCCGCGGCCCCGGCUACACUGGCGACAUCGCCAUCGACGACAUAACCUUCUCAACACAGAACCCUUGCCCUCUGACACCAACGAAGGCUUUGGCAACAACACCAAUGCCGCCCAUAACGACCACAGUUGCUCUUGGAACUGCACCAGGUGGUUUCAACUGCAACUUUGACUCCAAUGCCUGUAGCUGGACACAAGACAAGACUGACGACUUCGACUGGACCAGAAAACAAGGUGGAACAUCCAGCUCUGGAACCGGGCCAAGCUCCGACCAUACAGCCAAAAAUGGCUACUACAUGUACAUUGAGACGUCAUCACCACGACGACCUGGCCAGAAAGCUCGCCUAAUCAGCCCGCCAAUCAUCGGUAAUACACGGAUGUGCCUAGUGUUCUUCUACCACAUGUUUGGCCCCCACAUCAACACGCUCAAUGUGUACUUCUCCAGGAAUGGUACUCUUGGGACCCCCGUGUGGACUAAACAACACACACAGGGCAACGCCUGGAAGAGGGGGACGGUGCAGAUAGCAGGGGGAAGCACAACCGCUUCCGUCACUAAUAUCGUAUUUGAGGGCUUGCGAGGAAUUAGUUACUUGGGAGAUAUUGCAAUCGAUGAUGUCAGUCUCGUCCCAGGUUCCUGUUAUCAAGCAACUGUUGCCCCGAGUCAAGGGAGCAUUCCUGCCUCGCCUAUCGACUGUAACUUCGAGUCCUCCAGCAUGUGUAAAUACUACCAGGACGAAACGGACACCUUCGAGUGGACGAGAAGGUCCUCAGGCACAUCAUCUUAUGGAACUGGACCGAGCAGUGACCACACAUACGGAACACGACUAGGUUCCUACAUGUACGUCGAGAGUUCCGCCCCUCGUCGCUAUGGUGACACUGCACGUUUGUGGAGUCCUACAUUCUCUGCCAAAAAUGGCCGAUGUCUCACAUUCUGGUAUCACAUGUAUGGCGCAACCAUGGGAACACUAUCAGUGUAUGCUGCCCAAAACACCACCAGGGUUAUCCUUGGUUCACCUAUCUGGCACCUCUCUGGUAAUCAAGGCAACAUUUGGAAACAAGAAUAUGUGCAACUUCCGAAUUACAAUUUGAUGCACGCUGUUUUUGAAGGGCGCAUUGGCAGAAGCUACACUUCAGAUGCAGCCAUUGAUGAUGUCAAACUUCUCCAGUCCUGUCCAACACCAGGCGAUUGUAACUUUGAAAGUGGUACUUGCGGAUGGUCCAAUUCUCGCACUGACCAGUUUGAUUGGGUGAGAUUGACAGGAAACGUUAACAAAUAUGGAACCCACCCCAACAAGGGAGACCACACCUUCGGCACAUCCAAAAACGGUUCCUACAUGUACAUUGGAGAUGGUAGAAGCGUUGCCGCCAAGGCCACGGCUGACUUUGUGUCCCAAUCCAUGAGUCCUACUGGAAACACAGGGCGAUGCAUCGUUUUCUGGUUCAUGCAGACUGGCACGUCUUUCGGUUCCAUCACCAUGUACAUAGUGCAGAACUCAACCCGGGUUCCUAUCUGGUAUAUGGACGGGGCUCAAGGAACCAGUGCCUCGGCAUGGGUGUACGGGCAGGCUACCUUCACCAGCACUAAACCUUACACUGUUGUUUUCUCUGUCGUACGUCUUGGAGGCGCCCACGGCUACAUCACUCUCGACGACAUUACCUUCAGACCAGGGCAAUGUGCAUUCCUGCCUGCACGGGCAGCAACCGGAUCAUCAGUUGCUCCACAGGCCAUGCUCUCGACGACACCAACACCGCUAACUGCAGCUCCAUCUCCCUAUGACUGUAACUUUGAGACAGGCCUAUGCAGCUGGAAACAAGCAAAGGAUGACCAGUUUGACUGGACUCGAAACAAAGGCGGCACAUCGAGCGGGAACACAGGACCGUCCGUUGACCACACCAAAGGAACAGCCUCUGGGUACUACGUCUUCAUCGAGACAUCGACGCCUAGGGUUAAAAAUGACAAAGCCAGAUUGGUCAGUGCUGUUGUGAAGGACACAACCAUCAAAUGCCUCCACUUCUGGUACCAUAUGUACGGACCCGAUGUCAACACGCUCAACGUUUAUACAAUGUCUUCUGGAAAGCUUGGCAGCCCUGUGUGGACCAAACAUGGAACCGUUGGGAACAAGUGGAUGGAGAUUGAUAUCAACAUCACGCCCAAUUCCACUUACCAGAUCGUUUUUGAAGGUGUCCGUGGGACAAGCUACCAAGGAGACAUUGCCAUCGAUGAUAUCAGUCUUACAAAUGGAUUGUGCGGGUCCCUCCACACAUGUGGAUUUGAAGAUCCAAAUAUCUGCAGUUAUCAACAGGACCCACGUGACAACUUCGACUGGACACGUACUCAUGGACGAACAGCCUCCUUUGACACGGGACCCUCGGACGACCACACCUAUGGAACAAGCUCUGGUCACUACAUGUAUACCGAGGCCUCUGGCAAAAGCAAGGGACAAAACGCUAGACUUAUCUCCCCUGUUCAGAAGGCCACAAACGCUGCUUGUUUGACCUUCUGGUACCAUAUGUGGGGCAAAGCAACUGGUACCCUUAACGUCUAUGCUAAAGUCGGCGAUCAGUUCGGUGGAGCAAUAUGGACGCGGUCAGGCAACCAAGGCAACCUCUGGUUACAAGGGCGGGCGACUGUCAAAUCUCAAGGAAGCUGGGAGGCUGUGUUUGAGGCUGUCAUGGGCAGCGACUACACUGGUGACAUCGGUCUUGAUGAUGUCCUCAUCUUAGACGGAGCCUGUGGAGCCCCAGGAAACUGUAACUUUGAGAAGGGCAAGUGUAUGUGGAAGAACAUUGGAGGAGAUGACUUUGACUGGAUCUCUGGAUCAGGAAGAACUUCAAGUGCUUACACGGGACCAGUCUCUGACCAUACCACCGGCGGUGCCACAGGAACAUACAUGUUUAUCGAGACAUCUGCUCCUCGGGUACCAGGCGACAGGGCGUGGUUUCAGAGUCCUCUCCUGCCUCCCUUCACCACCACCCAAUGCAUGAGCUUCUGGUACAACAUGUAUGGACACUCGAUUGGACUUCUGAACGUGUAUAUUGACAACCAGGCCAACACCACUCACACCUGGGUGUGGGGGCAGAGUGGAAAUAAGGGUCAGGCUUGGCUUCAGGGACGGAUGCCACUGUCUGUUCAAAAAACUAGCUUCAUGAUACGGUUUGAAGGCGUGCGAGGCUCUGACUACUACGGAGAUAUAGCCAUAGAUGACAUUACAUUCACCACCUCAGCUUGUGGAUAUAUACCUUCAUCGGCAGACCCGUCAAAGAUUGCAUCGACCACUGUUCACUUGACAAGCCCAACACCCAGCACAUUUGUUUCACAGUCCAAGUAUGACUGUGACUUUGAGACUAACCUGUGCUCAUGGACCCAAGCCAAAGAUGAUCAGUUUGACUGGACGAGAACACAGGGUCCAACCGGCAGCAGCAGUACCGGUCCAACUGUCGACCACACCAAAGGGACGAGAAAUGGCUGGUACAUGUACAUUGAAACAUCAGCGCCUCGUAUCGAGAAUGACACAGCACGGCUCGUCUCUGCCCAGCUGACAACCAAUCAGGCCUACUGUCUCCAGUUCUGGCACCACAUGUACGGGCCGAACAUCAACAGACUUACUGUCUACCUACGGCAUGGAUCAACCCUUGGUAAUCCGAUAUGGUCCAAAAUGAAGUCCCAAGGCAACAAAUGGAUCUUUGGACAAAUACAGAUUGCAAAACAAACAUCAUCAGUCAACAUCGUGUUCGAGGGAAUCCGAGGCCCCAGCUAUGCCGGUGAUAUUGGCCUAGAUGACAUCAAGGUCAUCGCGGGCACGUGUCCCUCUAAAGACGGACUCAGCUGCACAUUUGAGCCUGCAGACCUGUGUGGAUGGACACAGGACAAAACGGACACCUUUGAUUGGUCACAGCAAGGUGGAAGGACAGGAUCAUUUGGCACAGGUCCAAGCAGUGAUCAUACACUCGGAACGAUUACUGGCAAGUACAUGUACAUUGAGACGAGUGCUCCACAGAAACAAGGCGACUAUGCACGCCUUAUUAGCCCGACGGUCAACACACUGGCACCCCAGUGCAUGUCAUUCUACUACAACAUGUAUGGUAAGAACAUAGGCAUGCUCCAAAUCUACAUCAAGACUACAGGCAACCUGACGUCCCCAAUCUGGUACAAGACACUGAACCAGGGCAACUCGUGGAUCCCGGGACAAGUCACAAUAAGUGGUCAACAACCCUACCAGGUUGUGUUUCAAGGCGUCGUUGGAAAUGGCUAUGAAGGAGACAUUGCAAUCGACGACGUCAGUGUAGCAGUGGGCGCUUGCCAGAUGCCAGGGAACUGUGACUUUGAACGUGGGCUCUGUACCUGGCGAAAUCUUCAUGGUGUAGACAAAUUUGACUGGAUCAUCGGUAUUGGGUCAACAUCAAGUCAAUACACUGGACCAAGCUUUGACCACACCGUAGGAACAUCUGCAGGGCAUUACGCCUUCAUCGAGUCGUCAGGCCGGACUGCGGGCGACUCUGCAAUGCUGAUGGGCCGCCUGUUCAAGCCAACGAAUGGGAUGUGUAUGAGUUUUUGGUUCCACAUGUACGGUGCCGACUCUGGCACACUGAACGUCAACCUCAAGGGCCCCAACACCACGACAACUAUCUGGACACUGUCAGGUGACAGAGGCGAUGUCUGGACACAGGGUCGGGUCAAGAUCUUUAACAAGAACCCCUUUAAUAUGAUAUUCCAAGCAAUAAGAGGAAAAGGAUACAAGAGCGAUAUCGCCAUUGAUGAUGUCGUAUUCACAGAUGCCUCUUGUCAAAUCCUUCCAUUCGAAGCCAACCCUGCCGGUCCUACACUGUCUCCGAUACCAACGUCGUCAUCAGCACCGUCCACUACGCCGGUUCCAUCCCCUUAUGACUGUAACUUUGAGACGGGCUACUGCAAGUGGACACAGGCCAAGGAUGACCAGUUUAACUGGACCCGAGCUCGUGGCCCUACCGUCACUCAGGGGACUGGGCCCUCUAGUGACCACACUACAGGAAAUGGAAACGGAUAUUACAUCUUCAUCGAGACUUCAUAUCCGCGAAAGCCAAACGACACAGCCCGUCUGUUGUCCCCAAGUCUGUCAAGCACAUCUGGCUCAUGUCUGCGCCUGUGGUACCACAUGUACGGCCCUCACAUCAACAGACUCAGCGUCUACACCGUCGUCGCCACCAAAAGAACGCAGAUAUGGACCAGAGCAGGAACUCAGGGCAACAGUUGGAAGCAGGCUGUCAUUGACAUUACAAGUCCACAGACAUUCCAGAUUGCCGUUGAAGGGAUGCGUGGUCUAAGUUUCCAAGGCGACAUAGCUGUUGAUGACAUUAACUUCUCCAACCACCCAUGUCCUUCAUCAACAAUUGCCGACUGUGAUUUCGAGGACAUCCACCUGUGUGGCUUUCAUCAGACCAGGACAGGCGACAAGUUUGAUUGGACUUGGACAACACAGAGGACCUCUAGCGUCAAUACUGGACCCAACGCUGAUCACACAUACGGAACCAACAGAGGUCAUUAUCUGUACACGGAGGCCAGCUCUCCACGUCGGAGGGGUGACAACGCCUUACUAAUAAGUCCAAUCUACCCGCCGAGCUCCGGCGAGUGUCUUCAGUUCUAUUAUCACAUGUACGGUUCAACAAUGGGCUCAAUGAAUGUGUACAGACAGCCGGCUUCUGGUCCAAGGGUAAAGAUCUGGAGCAAAUCUGGUAACCAAGGCAACACGUGGCAGAUCUCCCAAGUAUCCCUGACAAGCACCACCAAUUUUACCAUAAUAUUUGAAGGCAUCAUUGGCAGUAGCUACUACAGCGACAUGGCCAUCGACGACGUCAGUAUCAAAAACGGUCGCUGCGCCCUACCAGGAAACUGCGACUUUGACAACGGCUGGUGUACAUGGAUAAACGUAAAAUCUGGAGACAAAUUUGACUGGCUGCUUUUGAAAGGUCACACAACAAGUUCAUAUACGGGACCAAGCUUCGAUCACACAACGCAAAGUGCCAAUGGUCAGUACGCCUAUAUCGAAUCAUCCAGCCCCCGUCGUCCAGGUGAUAAUGCGCUCCUUGAGAGUCAGGUCUUCCCUUCCACUGCUCUCCGGUGCUUCAAGUUCUGGUACCACAUGCUAGGCAGUGGAAUUGGGACCCUCAAUGUGUACAAAGUGUCAGGGAACAACAAGGUCUUGAUGUGGUCACUCAGCGGAAACCAAAAAGAUUUCUGGCACUUCGGGCAGUUUGGAAUCAAAAGCCCAACUGGCACAUACAAGAUUCAACUCGAGGGCAUUGUUGGGAGCAGCUACACAGGCGACAUUGCUGUCGACGACGUCAGCUUCACUAACGACAACUGUGCCAUUCAACCAACUACAGCCAACCCCAGCUUGCAGUCGACAACGUCCACAGUGCCACCUAGUCCAACAUCACAUUUCUCAACACCCACACCCACUCAAUACGACUGCAACUUUGAAUCUGGCACAUGUAUGUGGACUCAGUCCAUGACUGACGACUUCAACUGGACCAGGUCCCAAGGUCCCACAGGGUCACUGGAAACUGGACCCACUAACGAUCACACCAAAGGCACUGGACAAGGAUGGUACAUGUUCAUCGAAACAUCAAGUCCAAGGAAGCCAAACGACACUGCCCUUCUUGUCAGUCCGGUGAUCCAGGCCGGGCCUACCAGAUGCAUCAGUUUCUGGUUCAGUAUGUAUGGCCCGGAUGUUAAUACGCUCAAUGUUUAUAUGAAACCAUCCACGGGAGGUUCAGGGAAGGGAACGCUCAUCUGGACUCGGUACGGAACUCAGGGCAAUCAGUGGAACCAUGCUGAUGUCACCGUCAUACCCAGUGGAAACUACCAGAUACUGUUUGAGGGUGUCAGAGGACUAAAUUUCAAGGGGGACAUUGCCAUCGAUGACAUCAGAGCUGCUAUGGGACCAUGCCAAUCAAUAGCCUCAAGCCACUCAUGCAACUUCGAAUCAGCAACUGUGUGUGGCUACACUCAGGACAAGACAGACGUGUUUGACUGGACCUGGCAACAUGGGUCUACCUCCAGCUCCGGGACAGGUCCCACGACAGACCACACGACUGGCACACAUUAUGGCCACUACGUCUACAUCGAAACCUCUGCACCGCGACGUCCCAACGACACAGCACGUCUGAUCAGCCCCACCUACACAUCUACCAACGGUCAGCCACGCUGCGUGCAGUUCUUCUACCAUAUGUACGGUAGCAAUAUCGGCACCUUUAAUGUGUAUAGUAUUCCGGAAAAUAACCCAACCAACAACUUAACUAAUCCAUCAUGGACUAGGUCGUAUAAUCAAGGCAACAGAUGGUUGAAGGCAUUGGUUCCUGUCUACACGCCUGGAAAUUUCAAGGUCGUCUUUGAAGGCAUAGUUGGUACAAGCUUCCUGGGUGACAUUGCCCUGGACGAUGUUUUGGUCGGUCAGGGAGCAUGCCCUAAAUCAGGAUUCUGCGACUUCGAGCAAGACAUGUGCACUUGGUCCAACACUCGUUAUAACGACAAUUUUGAUUGGAUGCGGUCAAAGGGUAGGACAACUAGCAGUAUGACCGGUCCCAGCGUUGACCACACUCUUAGCAGUGGCGCCGGUUACUACAUGUUCAUGGAGGCCAGUUCACCUCGACUUCCUGGAGACCGGGCGCGUCUCAUGAGCCAGACCUAUCCUCCGGUCACUGGCGGCGCGUGUAUGCAGUUUUGGUAUCACAUGUACGGCUCGGACAUCGGCACGCUCAGAGUGAAAGUGUUGGUCAACAGCAGUCACGACUCAACAAGCACCGAGGCGACUUUGUGGGAGGUGAGCGGCGACUCUGGCGAUCAAUGGAAUAACGGACAAGUGAACAUCUCCAAGAUCUACACCAGUAAACCCUAUCAGAUAAUCAUCGAGGGAGUAAGAGGGAAAGGUUACCAUGGCGACAUUGGCUUGGAUGAUAUCAGCGUUACCAAAACCCCAUGCCAGACUGUGCCGAGCUAUGCACCACCAUCAAGCCAAGUCUCAGGCAGUGCAAUGUGCGGCUUUGACUCAAACAACAUCUGCAGCUGGACCCAGAGUUUAGCGGACAACUUCAACUGGACACUCAACUCUGGACAUACACCAUCUUCAGGCACUGGACCUAUCGGCGACCAUUCUGGAAUGGGGUCUUACCUUUACCUGGAGUCAUCCUACCCAAGGAAGCCUGGCGACAAGGCUGUGCUGGUGUCCCCAGUGUUGCCCCCAACUGGCACCACCUACUACUGCUUUAAUUUCUGGUACCACAUGUAUGGACCAAACAUCGGCGCCCUCAAUAUUCGGGUAAACAUCGGUGGACAACAGCUGUUGAAGUGGACCAAGUCCGGUACACAAGGAAACAGAUGGCAACAAGGACAUUUUAACAUUAUCAGCAAAACCAAUUUCCAGAUCUUUAUUGAAGGAACAGUGGCGAAUGGAGUCUUCGGUGACAUCGCUAUUGAUGAUCUAAGCAUGGCUGCCAACGCCUGCCCUGGAACAAAACUGUGCGACUUUGAGAUUGACACCUGCGGCUACACACAAGAUAAAACGGACAACUUUGAUUGGCUGAGACAUUCACAGGGAACGACGAGUUUUGCAACAGGGCCGAGCGUAGAUCACACGGAAGGAACAGCUGGUGGUUACUACAUGUAUAUUGAGGCCUCAGCUCCACGCUUACCACACGACAAGGCAAGAAUGGUCUCCCCAGCAUACCAGCAGACAUCCGCAGAGUGCCUGCAGUUCUACUACCAUAUGCACGGCAACACCAUGGGCAGCCUCAACGUCUACGUCUCUGUCAACGGCAACAGGGGCAGCCCCGUGUGGACACGGAGUGGUGAACAGGGAAACAAGUGGAUUCUUGGAGAAGUGACCGUCAAGGCAUCCACUAAAUAUCAGGUGGUGUUCGAAGGUGUUCGAGGAAGCAGCUACUACAGCGACAUUGGUCUCGACGACAUCUACAUCGACAAUGCGGCAUGUCCGACGCCUGGCUCUUGUGACUUUGAAACUGGACUCUGUGCCUUUACAAAUAUUCAAGGGGAUGAUUUUGAUUGGACACGUGCUAAGGGUGCUACCCAAUCGUAUUAUACCGGUCCUUCCACUGACCACACCACAAACUCUGUGAAUGGCUACUACAUGUUCAUUGAAUCCAGUUCCCCAAUGGUGACGGGUGAAAAGGCGUGGCUUCUUAGUGAGAAGUUGCCAGCUACAACAGGCUCUUGUCUCACUUUCUACUACAACAUGAACGGAGCAGGUAUGGGAACUUUAUCCGUGUACCAACUGGGCACGUUGUCAAACAAGACCAUCUUCAGUGUCACUGGGAACAAAGGCAAUGUCUGGCUGCAAGAUCGGGUAACUCUCACCUCAAACACUCCCUAUCGGUUCAUGUUUGAGGGCAAAAAGGGAGUAAACUACACAAGCGACAUGGCCAUUGACGACGUCAGCCUGCUAGUCGGAAAUUGUGCCUCUCAGACGACACCAGGACCCUCGACAGUCCAGCCUGUGUCCACCACAGCUCCACUUUACAGCUGCGACUUCGAGCAUGGCUCUUGUGGAUGGUCGCAAAGUUACACUGACUCAUUCGACUGGACGCUCCACCAAGGCUCCACCGGAAGUGUAGGAACUGGACCAAGCUUUGACCACACAACGAUGAGCACACAAGGCCACUACAUCUACAUCGAAGCGUCGGGGAAGCAGCCAAACGCAUCAGCCGCCUUUGUAAGCCCAACGUUCACAACAACAGGUCCGACGUGCGUCACGUUCUGGUACCACAUGUACGGUUACCAUGUCAACCGUCUUGGAGUCUAUCUGCAGAGCACCGGCAAGUUUCAACAACAGUGGACCAAAAUCGGUACCCAGGGAAAUCAGUGGAAAUAUGCUGAGGUGGAAAUAGGAGCAGUCAUUAAUACCCAGGUUGUGUUUCAAGCCCUGCGUGGUAUCGGCUACCAAGGAGAUAUUGCCUUAGAUGACCUCAAGAUUCUCAACGGAGCCUGUCCUGCGCCAUCAUACUGUGACUUCGAAGACAUUAAACUGUGCGGCUACACCCUGACCAGCACUGAUUGGUCAAGAACACAAGGGACUGGACCAGUCAAAGACCACACAUAUGGAACAAGCCAAGGGCAUUAUAUGUAUAUCUCCCCCAAUCCUGCCACAAUGAAAGUAACGAAGGCCCAGAUGUACAGCAAGCAGUACCCUCCACCACCCAAUGGCCAGUGCGUCUCAUUCUGGUAUAUCAUGAGUGGUCGUAAUGGCGGUACCUUCAACCUGUACGCCAAGCAGGAGAGCGACAAGACCCUGGCCAAGCCCAAGUGGAGUCUGUACGGAGACCAGGGCAACAGGUGGAAGCUUGCUAGGAUUGAUGUCACUGCACAAGAGAAAUACCAGCUCGUGUUUGAGGCAAUUCAGGGCAGUGGCACAGGAACUUUCAUUGCCCUUGACGACAUCAGCGUGUCCAGCGCUUCCUGCGCCUCCGUUGCCUCCUGCGACUUCGAAAACAGUUUUUGCAGCUGGAUGCAGUCCAAGUCAGAUGAUUUUGACUGGACAAGGCGUCGGGGGAGCACACCGUCCUCCUUUACCGGACCCAUGACUGACCACACACUCGGAAGUAGCACAGGUUACUACGCCUUUAUUGAAUCCAGUUCCCCAAACAAGGCAGGCGACAUCGCCACCCUCCAGUCCCAGAUCAUCCCAAUGAACAGUGCAGUGCCUAACUAUUGUCUCAGCUUCUGGUACGACAUGAACGGUGCCUCCAUCGGCAGCCUCAACGUCUCCCUCCAGUACCCUCAGUCUCAGCCUCAGAUGAUCUGGUCGCUUAGUGGUGCCCAAGGCAACAAGUGGCAACAAGCUUUUGCCAGGAUAGACAACCCAUAUGACAACUUCGAGUUGUAUAUUUCUGCAUCUGUGGGCUCCAGCUAUACGGGAGACAUCGCCAUUGACGACCUUAACCUUAUCACCGACUCCUGUGACAGCGCUCAAAAAGGGGCAAAUGGCACCUUCUUCUGCCAGGACACCGCCAACACAAGCGUCCCUCUGUCGAACGUUUGCAAUUUCAUCCGUGACUGUCCAAACGGAAACGACGAAUUACAGUGUGGUGACUGUGGAUUUGAGGGCACUUACUGCACUUGGACAGAUGAUAGUCAAGGAAGCUUCCAAUGGACCCUGGGACAAAAUGAAACCAGGACGUCAAACACUGGUCCCAGCUUUGACCACACCUAUAACAGCCCUAAAGGCACGUACCUGUAUGUUGACGCAAGCUACGGCACAAGGAGCAGUGUAGCAGAGUUGGUUGGCCCCAAGCUGGGUGCCUCCAGUUCCACCUGUCAGAUGUCCUUCUGGUACUUCAUGUAUGGAGCAGGUAUUGGCACACUGAAUGUGGCAGCCCGGGCAGACAACAGAGACACCGUACUGUGGGAGAGACACGGGAACCAGGCUAAAAAGUGGCUCAAUGGAAUAAUUGACAUCGGAAGGAUAUCUACCUCAUUCAACAUCGUCAUCCAAGGCAGCAGAACAUUCAGUGUGCUGGGCGACAUCGCUAUCGACGACGUCCAAUUCAUCAACUGCAACUUCCCUCCUGUUCAACCAACCUGUAGCGGAAGUCAGUUCAGAUGCAAGAGGGGUGCAUGUGUACCAAACUCCGACCGCUGCGACUUCUCUGACGACUGCGGAGACGGUAGUGACGAAACCCAAUGUACAAGCUACCCGGCACGGUGUGACUUUGAAACCAGCCUCUGCAGCUGGACACAGGAUAAGGGAGACAACUUCGACUGGACGAGAUCCAACGGUCAGACAAGCUCAGUUGAAACCGGACCAUCACGUGACCACACCAGAGGAACAUCUCUUGGUUACUAUCUAUUCAUUGAGACGUCAAGCCCACGUAAGCAAGGAGACAGGGCCCGUCUUGUUAGUCCGACCUUCAACCCAACCAUGAGCAGGAAACGAGCAGCGACAACGUGCACGCUCCGGCUCUACUACCACAUGUACGGCAGAUCCAUUGGGGCUCUGACUGUCUACAGUCGAACAUCAACAAACGGAGCUUUACAGAAGAUCUGGACCAAAACCGGAAAUGUUGGAGAUUUCUUUGAGAGAGCAGACAUCCAAAUUUACGCUGCACAAACAUUCCAAAUUGUCAUUGAAGGUGUCGUUGGCAAUGGCUACACAGGCGAUAUCGGCAUUGACGACUUGUCAGUAACACCCGGAUGUGUACCGAGUUCAUCGGUUCUUCCAACUGGCUCGCCAACCCCUCCGACCACGCCGAACCCAUGUGGUUUUAACCAAUCAAAAUGUGACAACGGCCAGUGCAUCCCAGCAUCUCAAGUGUGUGACUUCAUCGUUCAGUGUCUGGACAAAUCUGACGAGAAGAGCUGCGGUACCUGCACCUUUGAGAAUGGCCAAUGUGGCUGGAUGGACAUCAGCACCGGUACCUACAAGUGGAGCUCAUACCAAGGAGUUGCUGGCACAGUCGGCCCCAGCGUCGACCACACCGACAACAACCAAACCGGCCACUACAUGGUGCUUGGACAAGGGUCAGGGGUCUACAAGAGCCGCGGUCAACUGGCCAGUCCUAUCUUUGGGGCAACUGGACCCAGCUGCCGGAUGAGCUUCUACCACCAUAUAUUCGGAAUGAGCGCAGGCAACCUGCGUGUGCUGCUGCAACAUAGCACACAUCCUAAUGACGUCGUCACUCUGUGGAGCCACACUGGUAACCAAGGCAACAGCUGGAUAACAGACACAGUUGACAUUGGGCAAAUCAAUGCUGGCUACAGGGUUGUGUUCGAUGGUCUGCCUUCACCAGGCUACGGAAAAUACGAUGUCGCCAUUGAUGAUGUCACAUUCCUGGACUGCCAGACGGGAGUAGUGUACAACGAUACAAGCAUGAACUGUACCUUCGAAACCGGAUACUGCGGAUUCUUCCAGGAGUCACUGGACAACUUCGACUGGACCAGAACCAAUCGAUCAACACCAUCAUCGGGAACUGGUCCUGAUCGGGACCACACCACCGGACACGGAUUCUACAUCUACAUCGAAACAUCUUCUCCACGACGAUAUGGCGAGAAAGCACAACUCACUUCUGGUGUCCAGAAAGCAACUGACCAAACUGGCGCCUGUCUGACGUUCUGGUAUCACAUGUUUGGACCCUAUGUUAGCACCCUGAAUGUGUACAUGAGAACAGGAGGUUCCACUGUCAACAACUCGGUCAUCUGGACCCGUUCCAAGUCCGUAGGGAAUGUGUGGACUCAGGCACAGAGAUGGAUUACCAGCACUCAACCGUAUCAGGUUAUGUUUGAGGGUACCGUUGGCCAAAGUUAUCUGGGAGAUAUCGCACUUGAUGAUAUAUCACUCAUGCCAGGACCGUGCCCUGCUUCAUAUGUAUGUGACUUUGAGGUCGACACCUGCGGUUACACGCAAGACACAAAUGAUAACUUCGACUGGACUAGAUGGAGAAAUGGUACCACUUCGCUUAAUACUGGGCCCAGCUACGACCACACUACCGACAGCGGCUUAGGAUACUACAUGUACAUUGAGUCAUCGACACCGAGGGUUGGGGGAGACACAGCACGAUUGACCAGUCCAUCAUACCCAGCAGUCACGGCGCCGAAAUGUGUCAAGUUCUGGUACCACAUGUACGGGAAUCAGGUCGGCCAGUUGAACGUGUACGUCAAGUCUCAAGGAGUGAUGGGGACGGCGGCUUGGUCCAAAUCCUUCAACCAACUGAACCAGUGGCAUCAUGGAACAGCUGAUGUAAACAAACAGACCUCAUGGCAGAUUGUGUUCGAAGGCGUUAUAGGAUCUGGUUACCACGGCGACAUUGCAAUUGAUGACAUCCGUAUCGUUGACGGCAAAUGUCCUGUACCCGGAAGUUGCACAUUCGAAUAUGACACGUGUGGUUACAGCGAUGGACACAACAACGGCGACCAGUUUGACUGGUUGAGGAGCUCAGGAGGGACACUUUCGGUUGGAACAGGACCCAGCGUCGACCACACAUCAAACUCAGACCAAGGAUACUACAUGUACAUUGAAGCCAGUGGACGUAACAAGAACGACAGAGCCUGGCUGUACAGCGAAUACCUCCUCCCGACAUCAUCUUCCUGCCUCUCCUUCUGGUAUUUCAUGUAUGGAACGGACGUGGGAGCACUGCGCGUCUAUCAGGCAAAUCCCUCCAAGAGCACGCUCAUCUGGUCUAUGAAUGGAAACCAGGGACAGCAGUGGAUCAACGCCAGGCUCCACAUCAACAGCACCGUCAGCUACCAAGUCAUCUUUGAUGGCGAAAUUGGGACGGGUUAUCAUGGAGAUAUAUCUAUUGACGACAUCGCCAUAACACUUGGUCUCUGCAACGCAACCACCGCGACCACCCCAACUGCAGCCAUCACCACCGUGACCUAUGCCCCAACUGUUGUUGACUGCAACUUUGACAGCGACAACAUCUGUCAUUGGCAUCAAGACACCACCGACGACUUUGACUGGACCUUACAACAGAAUUCCACAGGCUCUAUCAACACUGGACCAACAUUUGACCAUACCACACAAACAUCUAAGGGGUACUACAUCUACACAGAGGCUUCUGGUAAGAGGGGCAAUUAUACAGCUCGAAUCAUAAGCCCCAGCAUAACAGUCGACACAGUGGGGAAAUGUCUAAAGUUCUUCUUCCACAUGUACGGAGGACAAGUGGGGCGUCUCGAUGCAUACGCAAUGCAAGGGACAACACUCGGCAAGCCAAUUUUCACCAGAAUCGGUGACCAAAACAAUCGGUGGAACUACGGUGAUAUUUACCUGACCCCUCAAACCCUAUCCACCCCGCAGACAGGAUCCACUGUCAUACAGCUUGCGUUUGAAGGUAAAAUCGGGACAGGUUACCAAGGAGACAUUGCUCUUGACGACAUCUCGCUCAACGAUGGACCAUGCCCACCUGACCAAGUAUGUGACUUUGAAUCCCCCGACAUCUGUAGUUAUCGCCAAGAUCAAACAGACAAUUUCGAUUGGACACGAGCACAUGGAUCGACUUCGUCGUCUGGCACGGGUCCACCUAACGACCAUACAUAUGGAACUUUCAAUGGUUACUACAUGUACAUUGAGGCUUCGGCUCCGCGGAAACAAGGUGACAAAGCUCGUCUGAUUGGCCCUCAUUUCAACAAAAUUAGUGGACAGUGUCUUCAGUUUUACUAUCACAUGAAUGGAGUUACCAUGGGAACGCUGAAUGUGUAUUUCAAGAAACAGGGCAGUCUUGGACACGCAGUCUGGUCGAGGUCCGGUAACCAAGCUACCGAUUGGCUCCCAGCUCAGAUAAAUCUAAACAGCGACGUGCCAUUUAAUGUGAUCUUCGAGGGCAUAGUUGGGAGGUCCUACUACAGUGACAUAGCAAUCGAUGACAUCACAGUCAAGCCUCGACUCUGCCAGCCUUCAGGAGGUUGCGAUUUUGAAUUUGAUACCUGCUUAUGGACUAACGCCGUCGUUGGAGACGACUUUGAUUGGCUGAGAGGCAGUAAGAGCACAGGUUCAUUUGGCACGGGACCAACAACUGACCACACUCUUGGAUCAGCACAAGGUCACUACAUGUACAUUGAGUCAUCUAGUCCAAGAAAACAGGGAGACAGAGCGCGGUUGACGUCCGAGGUUCUGAAAAUGACCACUGGGGGGUGUCUGACAUUCUGGUACAGUAUGUAUGGAGCAGCCAUGGGAACUCUCAAUGUCUACCUUGACCCCUCUGUUGCAACACCAAAUGCACCUCUACAGAACCUUUGGCAUCGCACGGGCAACCAGGGCAUGCAAUGGGGCAAUGCAGCUGUGUCUGUUCAGUCCCCAGCUCAAUUCAGAAUCAUAUUCGAAGCUAUUGUCGGAACAAGCUACACUAGCGACAUCGCUAUUGAUGAUCUGAGAGUCACACCAGGACUAUGCUCAUCCAUCAGUGCACCAACUCAAUUCACCUGCAAAAAUGGACAGAAAAUCUCAGCAAGUAAAGUGUGUGACUUCAGCCAGGACUGUACUGACAACAGUGAUGAACUAGCCUGUGGCAACUGUACAUUUGAAUCAGGUCUCUGCUCGUGGAAUGAUGCAAGCAAGGGGUCCUUCAGAUGGCAGAUUGGUCAGAACAGCACCAUGACGUCCACAGGUGGGCCAAAUGUAGACCACACAAUGGGAACAAUUUAUGGACACUUUUUGUACGUUGACAGUGCCAAAGGAACUGCAAAUUCACAGGCAACAUUGACCAGUCCUACAAUGAGGCAGUCCUCAUCCACGUGUCAGAUGCGCUUCUAUUACAUGAACAGUGGAACCAGUUAUAACAAUGGACAGAUAACAAUAUCCAUUCAGCUUGGAUCAAGAACAACUGUCAUCUUAAGAGAAACUGCCAGAACAGGAAACGUGUGGACACUCGGAUAUGCAGACAUUGGCAGAAUAAGUGCAUCAUUCCAAGUACUUGUCGAAGCAACCAGAAGCUACUAUUCAAGAAGUGUAGUAUCUGUGGAUGAUAUUGCCUUCAUCAACUGUGCGCUCCCAGCGGUCCAAGUCAGCUGUAAUGCAACAACACAGUUCCAGUGUGCGAGUGGAGCUUGUGUGGACCUGUUCCGAAUUUGUGAUACUACCGAUGAUUGUGGAGAUAACAGUGAUGAAGCCAAAUCCCUCUGUCUCGGGGCAUCGACGUGCACCUUUGAACAGUCUUUCUGUCACUGGACACAGAGCACAAAGGAUAAUUUCAACUGGAUAAGACAAAGAGGACCAACAUCAUCAGGAAGCACUGGGCCAACGAGAGACCACACUACCAACAUGAAUUCUGGGUACUACAUCUAUAUUGAAUCUUCUGCUCCUCGCAGAACAGGUGACAAAGCACAACUUCUUAGCAGAGUGAUCCAACCUGCUUCAUCAUCGGAUCAUUGUUCCUUAACGUUUUACUACCACAUGUAUGGCGUGGGGACAGGGUCGCUGAACGUAUACAUGGUAACUCAGAGAGGAGGAUAUGUGCAGAAGAUGUGGAGCAAGACUGGAAACAGGGGCGACUUAUGGGCAAGAGCAACAGUUCCCCUUACAAACACCCAGAACUUCCAAAUAAUGAUAGAAGGAGUCCGUGGAACUACAUACACUGGUGAUAUAGCUGUUGAUGACACUGUAAUCAGUCCAAAUUGCAGGAUAACAGGUAUCACACUACCAACGGCAUUGUAUCCCGCGACAUCACCAACCACCACAGUCAAUCCCUGCAGUAGUGGAGGUCAUAAGUGUGGUGACGGAACUUGUGUGACUACAUCUAAGGUCUGUGACUACACUCCAGACUGCUCUGAUCGUUCUGAUGAAAGAAACUGUGGACCAUGCGACUUUGAAACUGACUCAUGUGGAUGGACAGACUUCAGCACAGGCAGGUUCAAUUGGACUAAGAGUACCAGUUCAGUCAUGGGUACAAAAGGCCCUGCAGCAGAUCACACUCUACGUUCAAACAAGGGUCACUAUAUGUUUGUGGAAGAUUCCAGAGGUGUAUUCUUUAGUUCCGCUGUCCUUCAGAGUCCUACAUUACCACCAGCAUCAAGAUACUGCCAAAUGUUCUUCUACUAUAAUAUGCGAGGACAAACGGCUGGAACUUUUGAGGCAGGAAUAGUUAUCAACGGUACUUACAAACGCCUUUACAGUAGAAGGUCGAGUCCAUACUAUUCGUCAACAGCAUGGUACCGAGGCACAGUGUACAUCGGAGCAUCAUUUAGAAACGCCAUACCAAAUAAUUACACAGUCCAAUUCAAGGUUCUGCCAUCUCAAGGCUUCACCUCUACAUCCACUUCUGAUAUUGCUAUUGAUGACAUUUCAUUCAACUAUUGUGACAGAAAAGUGUACCCACCAAACCUCGCUUGCAAUUUUGAAAAGGAUCUGUGUUCCUGGGCCCAGGCCCAAGAUGAUCAGUUUGACUGGACACGAAAGUCCGGCUCAACAACCAGUGUUGGAACAGGACCAAGGUUUGACCAUACGACACAGAGAUCUGGAUAUUAUAUCUUUAUUGAGACAUCUUCCCCAAGAAGAAAGGGAGACAUUGCAAGAUUACAGAGUCCGCUACUGCCACCAACACCAUCAGAUGGACACUGUUUAAGCUUCUGGUACUACAUGUUCGGGCCUACUAUCGGAAACCUCACCAUCCGUCUAAGCACAGACUCCAACUCCUCUGUGUUCUGGUCAAAGUCAGGGCCCCAAGGUGAUAAGUGGAUCAAGGGGCAGAGAACACUGGUUUCAAGCAUAAAUUAUAUUGUAUACAUUGAAGGAACCGUGGGGUCUGGAUAUCAAGGAGACAUUGCUCUUGAUGACAUUGGUAUAAUAAAGGGGGCAUGUCCAACACCUCGAGGAUGUGACUUUGAAAAUGGAUACUGUAACUGGCAACAAUCUACUCAAGAUGAGUUUGACUGGUCGAUUGGUAGCAAUGGAACUGUAUCGCUUGGAACUGGCCCUACAUAUGACCACACGUUUGGGUCUAAUACAGGUCACUUUGCUUUUAUUGAAUCAUCUGCUCCAAGGGUCAGAGGAGACCGUGCUGUCCUUAUCAGUCCGAUGUAUAAUGGUCACAAAGGCGCCGUCGGUACAUAUACAUACUACUCUACAACCUGUUUAUCAUUCUGGUACCAAAUGUAUGGAACUAGCGUUGGAAGUUUGAACGUGUACCAAAAGCAAAAUGGGACAUUCAGAAGCCAGUUAUGGUACUUAAAUGGAAACCAAGGGAAUAUGUGGAGACGGGCCAGCGUAAUGGUUAACGCUCACAAUAAACCAUUCCAAAUUCAAAUCGAAGCAGUACGAGGAUCUUCAUAUUCAGGUGACAUUGCUAUAGAUGACAUAGCAUGGGAGGAUGGUGGCUGUUCACCUCCCGGCUACUGCAACUUUGAAGUGGACAUGUGUGGAUACAUAAACAUUCAAACAGGGGAUGACUUUGACUGGCUCAGAGACUAUGGUGGAACACCCAGCGCGGCAACAGGACCAAGGGUUGAUCACACUAAAGGUACAACUACCGGGUACUACAUGUACAUUGAAACAUCAGGUUCCAAUAGGAUAGUAGGACAGAAAGCAAGACUUGUCAGUGAACAUCUUCAUGCAACAAGUUCCUUUGGAAGCUGUGUCCGUUUCUACUAUCACAUGUAUGGAUCAGGCGUUGGAGCUCUCAAUGUCUACACGCAAUCAGUAGCAUCAAAUAACACCAAACUCAUGUGGUCUUUGUCUGGCAAUCAAGGUAACCUAUGGAAACUGGGGCAGGUCAACGUGAACCAAGGCUCAGACUACGAUGUCGUAUUUGAAGGAGUGUAUGGUGGAAACUUCACUGGCGAUAUCGCCAUUGAUGACAUAACAGUGUCCAACUACAGAUGCUAUGGUGCCACAACUACAAUGACGACACCAACGACUGUGACCUCACCAGCAACCUAUCCACCAACGAAAAUUGACUGUGACUUUGAAAUGAACAUUUGUGACUGGAGUCAAGACAAGACUGAUAAAUUUGAUUGGACAAGACAUGCAGGUAGAACAUCCUCAUCAAACACAGGUCCAACAGCUGAUCAUACUCGCGGGGAUUAUCAGGGACAUUACAUGUACACUGAGGUUUCAUCCAAAGCUCCCAAUAGUACAGCACGAUUGAUCAGUUCAACAUGGGUAAUAUCCUCACAAGGGAGCUGCUUUAAGUUUUGGUACUUCAUGUAUGGCGCAAAUAUCAAUCGACUGAAUGUGUAUGCCAGGAAUGGAGGAAGAGACACCAGGUUAUGGACACGAGCUGGAGAUCAAGGACAAAUGUGGAAAUAUGCCCAGAUAUUCUUGAAGGGCUUUUCAGGGUCUACUGCUAUUGUAAUUGAAGGUUUUGCUGGGUCAGGGUAUGUAGGAGAUAUUGCCAUUGAUGAUAUAUCCAUGAACAGUGACCACUGUCCAGCUCAAGUUUCUUGCGAUUUCCAAGAAGGAACAUGUGGUUACACUCAGGAGUACUCUGACAACUUUGACUGGACAUUACACAAUGGAGGAACAACUAGUUUAGGAACUGGACCCACAAGUGACCACACCUUUGGAACUCCAGAAGGUGCAUACAUGUACAUUGAAACAUCAUCCCCACGAAGGCGUGGUGACAAGGCAAGACUGGAUAGUCCUCUUCUCGUUCCAACUUCUGGAUCUUGUCUUCAGUUUUGGUAUAAUAUGAAUGGGCGAACAAUGGGAACUCUAAAUGUAUAUCAGAGACAAGCAAAUAAUUUAGGGACUCCUAUCUGGACACGAAGUGGAAAUAUCAAUACUGACUGGCUCAUUGCACAGGUGAAUUUGCGAAGCACAACCCAAUUCCAAUUUACGUUUGAAGGCAUAGUCGGUAAUGGAUUCCAGGGUGAUAUUGCAAUCGAUGAUCUAAUGUAUAAGUCCGUACCAUGUGCUCCUGAAGGUGACUGUUCAUUCGAAAACGACUUCUGUACCUGGCAAAACUAUGGAAAGAAUGACACAUUUGAUUGGAUAAGAGGCAAGGGUGCUACAUCUUCUUCAGGAACUGGCCCUAGUGUAGAUCACACAUUAAACUCACGGUAUGGGACGUACGCCUACAUCGAAGCCUCUAGUCCAAGAAGACAAGGUGACAAAGCUUGGCUUGUAUCUACAGCUUUCAGUAAUGUGACACGAUGUCUUUCCUUCUGGUACAACAUGUAUGGGUCAGGAAUGGGAUCUCUUAAUAUCAAGCUUUGGCCAAAUGGUGCCGCAGUACAAAAUCUGCAAACAGUGCAGAAGGCCACUUCUGGAACACAGUGGUAUCUGACACGAUUGACAAUCCAAAAUCAAACAGUUGACUACAGAAUCAUCAUUGAGGGAAUAGUUGGGCGCAGUUAUUUGAGUGAUAUGGCUAUUGAUGACGUUGUUUUACAAGUAGGUGCCUGCAAUGCCAUCCCUACCCCUACACCAUUCCAGAACUGUGCAUUCCAAUGUCCAACUAUCUCAACUUGUGUCAGUACUCCCCAUGUAUGUGACUUUAAUUCUGACUGUCCAAAUGGAGAAGAAGAAACUGCGUGUGGCUACAACUGUAACUUUGAUAAUGGUACCUGCAAAUGGGUCUCAAGGGCUAAUGGAGGUUUCACAUGGACACGUUACCAUGGCGCUACACCGGAUUCCAACACUGGUCCUUCGACUGAUCACACUCUGGGCUCAUCAUCAGGCUAUUACAUGUAUGUGGAUGCUUCUAAUGGAAGCAGGUAUCAACGGGCCGAUUUCACCAGUCCUGUCUUACAACAAUCGGCAUCAACAUGCCAGAUGUCAUUAUGGUAUCACAUGUAUGGUAGUGGAAUAGGAACAAUGACUGUGUAUCAAGUAGAAGGGACACUACGGACUAGGAUAUGGUACACGACAGGAAAUCAUGGCAACAGAUGGUAUCAAAAAAUAGUACCCAUUGGACGAAUGAACCGACCUUUCCAGAUCGUCAUCCAGGCAGCAAGAACUUAUAGUGUUCUAGGAGAUAUUGCUAUUGACGAUAUUCAGUUCCAGCACUGUGGAAUCCCAACACCACAAUCCUGUACCCAUACUUCAGCCCAGUUCCACUGUAACAACAACGCCUGCAUAGAUACAAACAGACAGUGUGACUACACUGAUGACUGCGGAGAUGGAUCCGAUGAAGCAACAACACUUUGUGCUGCACGCUACAAAAGCUGUGACUUUGAAAGAAGCAUCUGUAUGUGGACACAGUUGAAGGAUGAUGACUUUGACUGGUCGCGUCGCUCAGGCCAGACACCUUCAGCACAGACUGGUCCAUCAAAAGAUCAUACAUUAAACACAAUUUCCGGACAUUACAUGUACAUCGAAACAUCAUCCCCAAGGAAACAAGGCCAGAAAGCGAGACUGGCUAGUAUGGUGUUUGGACCAUCAACAACUGGACCAUAUUGCACCAUGCGCUUCUACUAUCUAAUGUAUGGAAAAGAUGUAGCAUCACUAGCUGUUUAUACCAGAGCCUCUGUUAAUGGACCCUUAAUGAGAAAAUGGAUGAGACAAGGAGAGAUAGGUAACUUCUGGUCCAGGACAGAGAUUCCACUCUAUUCUGCAACUCCAUUCCAAGUAGUCAUUGAGGCAAGCGUUGGCAAGAGCUAUUUCAGUGACAUAGCCAUUGAUGAUAUCACUUUCUCUCCGCUUUGUACUAAUUACACAGGAUCAUUCCCCACAGUUCAACCAGGCAUUUCCACACCUUCAACACAAAGCCCGUGUGGUGCUGGAAAGUUCCAGUGUUCCAUCGGAAAUCAGUGCAUAUCAUCAACUCAAGUAUGUGAUUUUAUUGCCCAGUGCAAUGAUGGUUCUGAUGAGUCUCUUUGUGGAAAAUGUAACUUUGAGACAGGUCUCUGUGGCUGGACUGUGGCUGGACUCAGCGUGGGAAGAUACAAAUGGGAAAGGCAUAAUGGGUCCACACCAUCAGCUGUAUCAGGCCCAUCUCAUGACCAUACUCUAGGAUUAUCUGGAAUUGGCUGGUACAUGUUUGUCGACUCUUCUCUAGGAUCCUUCUUUGGAGAUGCAGCGAUGAUGUCUCCGGUUUAUGGACAACUAUCAAGUGGAUGUCAAGUAACAUUCUGGAUCUUUAAGAACGGCAAUCAAGGAGGAGUAAUGAGAUUGUUUCUCCUUGCUCCAGGUGCAUCAGUGAACAGUAAGACAGGAAAGACUUUGAUCUGGUCAGCACUUGGUGACAAAGGCAAUCAGUGGGUCAAUGUAACAGUUGGAACAGGCGCAAGAGGACCUGGAUUCCGUCUGUUGUUUGAGGCUACUCAAUUCCAGAAAUCUGUCGAUAUGGCCAUAGAUGACAUUUCAUUCACUCAGUGUGCUAUUGGUAGUCAAAUGGCUUCAUGUUCAAGUAAUCAGUUCCACUGCAAGAGUGGAUCAUGUGUUGAUCAGAAUUCUCUGUGCGACUUCCAGAAUGACUGUGGAGACUGGUCUGAUGAAUCGAGCUGUUCAAACUAUGUGGAACGCUGUAACUUCGAACAGGACAUGUGUAACUGGAUCCAAGAUAAAACAGAUGACUUUGACUGGCAACGAACUAGAGGAAGAACAAUGACGAUUGGCACUGGUCCAGAUUCUGACCACACGUAUGGUAAUGAGACUGGAUACUUUGUCUAUAUAGAAACAUCGGGUCCACGCAAACCAAAUGACACUGCAAGAAUUAUGAGUCCUAUCUUCCAGGCAACAACAUCGGGCUCUUGUAGCAUGAGGUUCUUCUAUCACAUGUUUGGUAAAGACAUCAAUUCUCUCACAGUAUACAAGCAAACGGCUGACGUUGGAGGUAGAAUUCCCAUAUGGAUGAGAAGUAACUCCCAAGAUGAUGCCUGGAAUCAUGCAAGUUUUGUCCUUACCAGUCAGCAGAAUUUCAGAAUUGUCAUUGAGGCGACGAGAGGCAGCGGCUAUCUUGGAGACAUUGGACUUGACGAUGUAUCAUUUACACCAGGGUGUCAAAUUGCAAACAGAGUUACUCUUCCCGUGUCUCAAGCAACGCCUGGUCCGUGUGGGUUUGGUAAACAGCAAUGCAAAGAUGGGAAGCAAUGUGUCAAGGCAGGAUCAACCUGCAACUUCAGAAAAGAUUGCUCAGAUGGAAGCGAUGAAGCAUCCUGUCCUUAUACAUGUAGUUUUGAGGGAGGCAACUUCUGUCAAUGGACAAACCAAAUUGCAGGAUCAACAUUCAACUGGACACUAGGUACUAAUGGAAACCCAGCAAGUAAAACCGGACCUAGUGGUGAUCACACAUCAGGACAAAGUAAUGGCCAUUAUGCAGUUGUAAGUAAUUCAGGGCGAAAAUCCCAGGAGAAGGCGCAGCUUGUCAGUCCUCUUUUCAGUCAAGGCGGACCUACAUGUAGCAUAACAUUUUGGUAUGCUUUAGGAGGAUGGGAAUUCUCAUCAUUCAGUCUGCUGUUAAGGACAGGAGGAAUUGAUGCACAUAUCUGGCAAAUGCCUAACAGUCCAAAACCGUUGAACAACUGGUACAAUGUCACUGUUAAUUUACCAGUCUGCUCCUCAGACUUCCAGCUUGUGUUUGAGGCUGUUGCAACCUCAAGCUCAGUUUCAUACAUCGCAGUCGAUGAUCUGGCAUUCGUCAGUUGUGGAGAAUCGUUGCCUCAGGGACAGUGCCUUCUUGGACAGUACCAGUGUGCCAGUGGGCACUGUGUACCAGAAAACCUGAAAUGUGACUAUCAAACAGACUGCUGUGAUGGAUCGGAUGAAUCCGUGAAUAACUGCAAUGCUUACUAUGGAUGUGAUUUUGAACAAGGCACAUGUGGGUGGAUUCAGGAUAUGAACGACAACUUUAACUGGACCAGACAACGUGGACGAACAAUGUCAUUCCUGACAGGACCAAGCAACGAUCAUACAACUCUUUCAACCACAGGCUACUAUUUGUAUAUUGAAUCAUCACCCCCAAGAAUGCCUAACGACACUGCAAGAAUCAUAUUUGCUCUGCCAAAGACAAACGGGCCUUGUGCCAUUCGAUUCUGGUACCACAUGUAUGGAGCAAACAUUGGUGCCCUCAAUGUCUAUCAGAAAUCUUUCCAGGCAACAAAACUUCUGUCGUCAACAACCAGUGAGCAAGGAAACAGUUGGCUGCGACAAGAAGUAAGCUUCCAAAGUUCCACACCAUAUGAAGCUAUCAUUGAAGGUGUGGUUGGUGUUGGAUACAAAGGUGACAUAGCAAUAGAUGAUAUCACAUUCACACCUGGCUGUGGUGCUGCUCCACCAACCACAAAUGUUCCAGUUACAGGAAUUACACAGUACCAAACAUUUACACCACCAGCUAACUACACUGGAACUCCAUGUGUUAACAACCAGUUCACCUGUAGUGAUGGAUCGUGCAUCCCUCCAACCAAGACAUGUGACUUUACCCCUGAUUGUCCAAAUGGCAUUGACGAACAAAACUGCCCCAUCACGUGUGGUUUUGACACGGAUACGUGUGGUUGGCUUAACGCUCACCAAGACAAAUUCAACUGGGAGAGGGCUUCAGGGGCAUCAACAGCGAGUGUACCAGCUAUGGCUCCAACGGUUGACAGCACAUCCAACCCUAAGGGAUACUUUGUAUUCAUCCAUGAUCAGACAUCAGCUCAUCCAAGUGGGAACAAUGCUGUUUUUACAAGUCCAACUUACAAUGGAGCCAGUUCCGAGUGCAAGCUUCAAUUCUACUACUACAUCCAAGGAUCAGGAUUUACCACUCAUCUUACUCUCUCCAUCUACGAAAAGGGAGAUAAAUCAAAGCUAUGGCAAGACAACACAGACCAUGGACAGACAUGGCAACACACAACAGUAGGAAUUGGUAGAAGACAGUCUCCCUUCACAUUGGAAUUUGAAGUGGUCGGUCCCUAUUUCUACCAGCGAAAGAUUGCACUGGAUCAAUUCCAGUUCCAAGACUGUGGACGCCCCCUUCCCCAACCAUCGUGUAACCUAGCAACUCAGUUCAAGUGCACAAAUAAGGCUUGUGUCAGCUUAAGUAGGAAAUGUGACAUUACAGACAACUGUGGGGACAGUUCCGAUGAAACAGAUCCAGACUGUUCAACAUACAAGAAGUUUGACUUUGAGCAUGGCUUUGGGGAUCUACUUCAAGGCAGAAAUGGACUUGAUGAUAACUUUGACUGGAUCCGCUGGAACGGCAGCACACCUUCAUAUAACAGUGGGCCAGAUCGGGAUCACACUACCGGAUUAGCAACUGGGCAUUACUUAUAUAUGGAAGCCUCACAACCGCACAAGUAUAAUGACAAGACAUGGUUGAUGACUAAAACAUUCAGUCCAACAGCAGGGAAGAAUUGCCGUAUGAGGUUCAGCUAUUUUAUGUAUGGGACGUUUGUCAAGCAGCUCAACAUCUACACCAGAAUUUACAACUCUGGAACACCUACCAACCUUGUCUGGGCAAGGGCCGGAGAUCAAGGUGCAGCCUGGCUACAGGACGACGUCGCUCUUAAUAGUUCCAACAGCUUCCAGGUUAUCAUUGAAGGCAAAAUCGGAGACAGCUACUCAGGUGACAUUGCCAUUGAUGAUGUAUCCUUCACACCAGACUGUCAAUACUCGGGACAAUCUCUGCCAGACGCUCCUCGUCCUGAUGUGACUGGGACAACACUGACCCCACCAACCACAGCCCCCCAUUCCUGUGAUCUGAACAAAGAGUUCAACUGCCAUGUUAGUGGAAAAUGCAUAAACAAGAUAAAAGUGUGCGACUUCCGAAAAGACUGUCCAGACGGCUCAGAUGAAUCCAGUUGUGUUGCUGCAACAACCACCUUUGAGUCAGGAAACAUGGGUAACUGGCAUAUCAACGAGACUGAGCUUGUUCCUGGGCAGACAUACAUCUGGCAAGAUACUUACGGCGGGGCCAUACUGAAUGACCAAUACCGGCCAUCACAUGACCAUACCAACAGUGCCACGAACACAGGCUGGUUCUUGUGGGCAGACAGUUCUCCAGGUUCAAUCAAGGAUACAACAACAAUCAUCACUCCCACAAUUAGCCAGACAGGGCCUCAAUGUCAACUGCAGUUCUAUUACUUCAUGUCUGGGAAUGCACUGGGAACCCUGGAGGUGUACAUGAAGUUUGGUAGCAGCAUGGUGCAGAUGUGGGCGACAAGUGGUGUCCAUGGGACGACGUGGAACAAAGCACUUAUCUUCCUUGGAUAUUCGCAAAGCUUCCAGAUUGUAAUUCAAGCAAGACGUGGAUACAGCUACCGAGGUGACAUUGCACUAGACGAUGUGUCCUUCAUCAACUGUAAGCCAGUGACACCAUCCCCGAAUGGAUGCAGUGCAACACAAAUGACCUGCAGCAACGGCUUCUGCAUUGACCAGUCCAAGAAGUGCAACUUCGCCAACGAUUGUGGAGAUGGAUCCGAUGAGUUGCAAACCCAAUGUAAUAGUCUGUACAAAGGAAGAUGCGAUUUUGAACAUUACAUCUGCUCGUCCUGGACCCAGGAGGUCAGCGCCAAACUCAACUGGACAUUGCACCAAGGUGUCACACUGACCCCAGGCACUGGACCAUCGGUGGACCACACAUCGCGUCAUGCAACUGGACACUAUCUGUAUAUUGAAACCUCCUCACCAAGCCAGACAGGAGACAAGGCCAGACUCGCAUCGUUUGUCAUUAAGGGGUCGUCUACCAACUGUGCUAUCCGACUAUGGUACAACAUGAACGGCGCGGAUGUUGGUGCACUGACCAUCUACAAGAGAUUCGACUACACUACGACUGGGCUGUAUCUGAUCGCAAACUACACAACAAAUAGAGGCGAUGUCUGGAUAGAGUCACAGAACACCCUCGACAACAAAGGCGGGACAGGAGACUACCGGGUUGUGAUCGAAGCAACGAAGGGAAACGGUUACCAUGGUGACAUUGCAAUUGAUGACGUUUCACUUACGCCAGGUUGCCAACGAGGAGGGUAUAUCCCCGGUCAAGCCACGCCUCCCCCGACCACACCAUCUUCUUGUAAGAAUAACCAGCGCAGCUGCACUAACGGCAACUGUUACAGCCGGAAUGAGGCGUGCAACUUCCAUGACGACUGCGGCGACCAGACUGAUGAAUUAUCAUGUGGAACUUCAUGUACAUUCGAAGACGGGAUGUGUGGGUGGAAGAAUGACAAGGGAGAGAAUUUUGACUGGACCACUCACACCGGCCAAACAACCAGUGCCAACACGGGGCCUACCAAUGAUCACACUUUUGGCACCGGCAAUGGUCAUUACAUAUACAUAGAGACCAGUGGACAGUUACGUAAUGGCGAUACUGCAGUUCUUGAGAGUUCCAUCUACACACAGAGCGGUCCCAACUGCCAGCUGACGUUCUGGUACAACAUGUAUGGCGCCAACGUCGGGAAGCUCAAUGUCCUUGUUAAGACAGUGCAGGGUGGCAUCGUUUCACUGUGGUCAAAGACCGGAAAUCAGGGACAGCCAUGGCAACAGGCAAAUCUUACCAUUGGUUCAAGGACUAAAUUCGCAAUACUCUUUGAAGCUACAAGAGGAAAUGGUUAUCAAGGCGACAUUGCACUGGAUGACAUAUCACUCAACAACUGUGGGAUUGGCACAUUAGCACAAAAGUGCGGCGACAACCAGUUCAUAUGUACAAACCAGAUCCAAUGUGUGGACUACAUAAAUAUGUGUGACAAAAAAUCCGACUGCAACGAUGGCUCAGAUGAACUUUCAAGCAACUGCCCCACCCAGCUUGGAGACUGCACGUUUGACAGCCAGAACUGGAUGAGCACAUGUCAAUGGACAUCGGUCAACACUACUGAUGCCCAGUGGUACCAGGCUGCACGAACACCCACCAAGGGCACAGGACCUGGCAGUGACCAUGGUCGACGUGCAGGAGGAAAAUACAUCUUCAUGGACAGCAGCAAGAUGGCUGUUGGAGACAUAGCCAGCAUAGCCACGCCUCAAUUCCCUCCCAGCACCGAGCUGUGCCACCUGCGAUUCUACUACUAUAUGCACGGAUCAACUAACAUGGGACCACUAAACGUGUACAUGGUGAAUACACAAGGUCAACGACAGCUCGUGUGGACGCUGCAAAACAACCAUGGCACACGGUGGGCCCGAGUCAACAUUCCUAUUGGCAACACGCUCGGGUUUAAGGUCAUCUUCGAGGCAGAACGAGGUACUGGCAAACUUGCUGACAUCGCCAUCGAUGACGUCACAUUUACCCCGGAAUGUACCACAGGAAAGGCUCGGCCAGCCAGUGGACUUGUGUGUAGUUUCAAAGAGAAUCUGUGCGAACCUCUCAAUCAGUGUCAACCAAGCACCUGGCACUGUGAUGGUGUGCAGGACUGCACCGAUGGAAGUGACGAACCCGCCAGCUGCCCCACCAUCUCUCAUUCAGUUUAUUCUAAGACAGUCACGUCGACCACACCAACCACGUCACGGACGACAUCUGGAAUCACGUGUCCAGAUAGUAAAUUUGCUUGCUCCGGACUGUGCAUCUCGUCCGUACUACUCUGUGAUGGUGUGAGCGACUGCCCUGACGGCUCAGAUGAAAACUCGUGUGAAACGUGCUCCAAAAGCAGCUUCUACUGCCUCCAGAAACGACAGUGUAUGGGUCGAUGGAUGAUCUGUAAUGGAAAGUCCGAAUGCUUCCACAACAUUGGUGACCAAUUUGGUCAAGAUGACGCCAGUUGUGGAGAAUGUCCGACCAACUAUUGCCUGAACGGAGGGACUUGCGUCGUAAAACCAGGAAACAAGGGCCCAGUUUGCAACAACUGUCCCGCCGGGUUUGGAGGUCGGCGCUGUCAUCAGAACAUCCAAGGUCCUACACGAGCUUCUGUACAGAAGACUACCACUCACACUGCUGCCCUGGCGGCCUCGCUCAGUGUUGUCCUGGUGCUACUUGCUGUGGGAGGCGUUGUUGGCGGACUCUUCUUCUACCGGCGUCGAAAGGCCAGGCAACUCCUGUAUGGCAGUGGAAAUCAAGGCUUAACCAACCCUGUGUAUGACUACGGGAGCGGAGAAACUGACUACCAAAUGAGUGAUCUUGAGCCUCAAGGCCUCAGCUCAGACCCAUCGCUAUCCAUCGACAACCCACUCUACUCCGAAGCUUAAAUGUCCUGUCAUCUGGAAAAUCCUGAACAAUGCUUGCAAAUAUAUAAUUCUUACUUUAAAACAUGUUUUCCGUGAUAUCUAAAUUUGUAAAUGUUACAAGUAAAACCAUGUUGUUAUUGUUUAAUUGGUAAUGUUCCUCUGAAAUAAAUGAAUUUUCAAAUACA